ACGUGUAAAGAAACGUAAACAAAAAUCGGCAAAUUGAAGUUUUCGUUCUGAAUUCUGUGAGAAAAUUCCAAUAAUGGCUCACAAUGGACACCGCGUUCUCGAUAGCAUCAAGAAAUUCGACGCCUUUUCCAAAACGAUAGAAGACGCUCAAAUCCGAACGCUUUCAGGCGCGACAAUUUCAGUCAUUAGUUUUACGUUAAUUUUAAUCCUGGUUGUGUUGGAGUUCAAUGCCUACCUUUCGCCGAACAUUGAGCAGACGCUGUUCGUUGACACAACGCGAUCUCACAAACUCCAGAUAAAUUUUGACCUUUUCAUUCCCACAAUUUCGUGCGAUUAUUUGUCGCUCGAUGCCAUGGACUCGACAGGCGAGCAACACAUGCACAUCGAGCACAAUGUGUUCAAGCGACGCAUGGAUCUCGAUGGAAAUCCCAUUGACGAAGCGAAAAAAGAGGACAUAACGACACCAAAAAAGGCAAAUGCGACAACAGAAAAGCCCGUGGAAACUGCUGUCGCUGAAGUGACGUGCGGAAGUUGUUACGGGGCGGAAUUUAAUGCGACUCAUUGUUGCAAUUCGUGUCAGGAUGUCGUCGAUGCGUACCGAGAAAAACGCUGGAACCCGAAUAUUCACGAUUUUGAGCAAUGUAAGAAGGAACAAGAGCUCGACAAAGCCAAGGAAGCAUACGCAUUGAAGGAAGCAUGUCAAAUUUACGGGAAAAUCGAAGUAAAUCGCAUGAGCGGAAGUUUUCAUUUGGCUCCCGGAAAAUCAUUUUCAAUAAAUCACAUUCAUGUGCACGACGUUCAACCAUUUUUGUCGUCGACUUUUAACACGACGCACGUCAUAAACCACUUAUCGUUCGGCGAAAAGAUCGAUUACGCUUCGACACAUCCGCUCGACGGAAGAAAAGCCAUCGCUGAAGAAGGCGGUUUCAUGUUCAAUUAUUACCUGAAAAUCGUGCCCACAAUGUAUGUCUUCCUCAACGGAACUGUUUUGCACACAAAUCAAUUUAGUGUGACGACGUAUCAAAGAAGCGUUGCUGCCGGCAAAGGAGAAGGGGGCAUGCCCGGCGUCUUUUUCAGCUACGAACUAUCCCCUCUAAUGGUAAAAAUCACGGAAAAAUCCAACUCCAUCGGGCAUUUAGCAACCAAUAUUUGUGCAAUUGUUGGCGGAAUCUACGUCGUUGCGAGCAUAAUUGACUCGUUUUUGCACAGUUCGAUCCGCGUCAUACGGAAAAAAGUCGAAUUGGGCAAAUUUAGUUAA